CUUGUCUUUUUUGCUUUUUGACAGCUGACUUUUUUGUUGACUGAGUUGUGAAUUGAGAAGAUUAAUUUGUUUUCGUCUUUUUGCGUUUAUUUUUGAAGUCAGGUACUUCUUAUUUCUAAGAUUCUACAAGUGCUAAACUGGUAACUAGAAGGAAAAUGGAAAAGCCAACUGUUACGGAUCAACCUCCUCCAUACUACGCAACCGUACCACCAGGUCAACAGCAGCAGCCUCAGCCUCAGGCAUAUCCUCAGCCAAGCGCGUAUCCUCAACCAAACCCACAACCGGCGCCAGGGGCAUUCCCACCCCCUCCACCAGGAUACACCCCAUACGGUACACCACAAGACCCUACGGCAGCUUUUGUCCCCAACUAUGGGGCAACACAUACAAAUAUUAUCAUUCCACCACCUAUUAUAGCAGUUGGAGCUUGCCCCGCUUGCCGAGUUGGUAUCCUCGAAGACGACUUCACAUGCCUUGGUAUUCUAUGCGCUAUCCUCUUCUUCCCCUUAGGCAUUUUGUGCUGUCUCGCUCUUAAAAAUAGGAGAUGCUCAAACUGCGGGGCUAUGUUUGGAUAGAACUGGCUUGGUGUACUUAUGGCUCCAUACUUGAUCAAGGAUUUAAGCAAUCUGGUUUUACCGUCCAAGUUUUUUAUGUUUUGUUGUAUGGUAAGAAUGAAUACUAGAAUAUUCUGGCAGAACAGUAGCUGUAUUGCUUGACUGAUAAAGCUAGUGGGUAGGGUAUGGGUUGUGGGAGGGUGACAGUGAUGUUGAAUUAAUUGAUUUUUACUUCAACUGUCAGUCUCCCGCAACUUGCCCUGUACAUCAUGAGCCAUCUCAGUGAAAUGCAAUCCCAAAUAUUUGAUUACAGACAAAUCAAUAGGUGUCUUUUUUUAAAAGCUUCGUAAAAUUAAAAAAUAAUGAUUCAUAUUAACUAAUUAGAGUUUGGGAUUUAUGUCAAUUUAUAGUACUUAUAUUUAUAUUUAUAGUCUACAAAAGAUUAAUGUAAUAACAUGAAAUAUGUUAAUUACUGUAACAAAUUAAUAAUAAAAGAACAUAAUAGUAAUUAGAUUUUAAAUACUAAGCUAUGAUUAGUAAAAAAAUUAUGCAGAUCUAUCAACAAAACUUUAAAACUGACACUGAUUAGGUAUAUUAUUAUGAUCUAUAGAUCUAUAGAACAAACUUUUACUUUGCUUAAACUUAUGACACUAUUGAAACGAGACAGCUUUAAUAUUGCUGACAAAUAUGGUCUCGUUUUAACUGAAACAGCAAAGUCAAAGAAUGCUCUUUAAAUCUAAGCCUAAGUUAUGUUUGCAUUUAAUUACUAUUGAUUAAUAAUUAUGCUGUAUGGAGCCUUAUUGGUGCCAACUCUAAUAUACAACAAACUAAACUAAAUGAACAGUUGAGUAACAAUAACAAUGUCUAUAGUAAGCAAUAUAAAUAAAUCAAAGAUUGAAAAUAUUUCAAAUUAUUUUUGUAACACACAGUACAAAUACAUUAAUUGUAAUACACUUAAGCAAUAAACUUUGUUGCGGUAAAUCUGUAUAUUGAAACUCUAACUUUAGGACUGAAGUUUAAGUUUUUUAAAAGUGUUCAUGUUAUGUAAAAAAAUUAAUAAUUUGGUUUAUUUAAAUUCCAAGCUAAGCUAACAGACUAAAUGACUAGACUAAUUUAGCUGUCCUUUUCUGCGAAGGAGGUACUAAAAGUCAUGGUAGUUUAGUUUACAACUUGACUACUGAGCAUUACAGUCAAUUAGAACUUUGGUGUAAAAAAAAUUGAAAAAAAUUGACUAAUUGAAUGCUUGAUUCGAAAUUAAUGUACAUUUUUGUACGAAAUAUUAUAUACCUUCUACAUGUAUGUGUAGAUGAUUAUUAUAUUAUAUUAUGCGUUUAUGUUAUGGAUAUUAUUAUAAAAUGCUCUUUUGUAGCUCAAAUGAGCCAUUAAAAAUAAAAUUUUACUGUAAUUUACAAUUUUGUUUGGAGUUUUAUUCAUAUUAUUAUUAUUCCAUAAUAGGAUUAUAGAAUAUUAAUUAUUAUUCAUUAUCACUGUCCACUGUUAGACGUCCACUGAUGGACAUAGGUCUCUUGUAGGGACUUGUAGGGUAUUAAUUAUUGUGGGGCUAUUAAACGGGCGGUAUAAAAUUGCAUUUUGUCGUAUUAUUGCAGAGUAGUCAAGCAAUGAUAAAACUUUAAUUUUGUUCACUGAUUAACUUAAAAAAAAAAUGUAGCCCGUUUAUUAGCAUUUUAGGGUAGAUACUAAGCAUAUUGAUGUUUAUCCUUUUUUUGUUUUAUUAAUUAUUAUUCCUCCCUGUUCAUAAUACUGAAUUGUUUUUAAAGAAAGAAUAUAGGGUACAACAUUACUUGGUACUACAAAAAAUAAACAAUGUGCUCUAAAAAUACUAUACAUUAUAAUAAUACUAAACGCUACUUUGCUGCAGAAUUCGAUAUGACAAAUCCUGGAGUGAUUCAUUUUUGUUUGGCAUGGUCUAAGGCUAAGAUCUACAGAGUGUACUUUGACUUUGAAGACUUUACUUAGGCUCAAGCCAAUAGAACGUACUUUGAUUUAACUCUGACUCAAUACACAGUUAAAACAAGACAAAAAUAUUUGACUGACAUAAAUCUGUCGCGUUAUAAGUGUAAAAUCUAGUUGUAGUUCUGAGUCUUAAGUCGUAGUAAAGUCUGAGCAAAGUCAAUGUAUGCUCUACAGGUAAAGUUCAAGCGAAGCUUGAAAAAAUUUAGGUUUGUGCUAUAAAUCUGUGCUCGGGUAGUGUGCGGGGCGUCCCCCCGCUUCAUACCCCGAUUGCCAUCUCGGCCUGUCGCGUACUAUAUGUUCCAUAGCAGGUCUAUGGAACAUAUAGUACGCUUAAUUUAUGUACAUACAACAUUUUAUCGCCAUUGUUAUAUAUUUGUGCCACACAGAAUUAUUGUGCCAUAACACUAUUUAACAAAAGGCACAGAUGAUACAAAUAAAUACUGAUUUCACUAACCACUUAGAAACUUCCAAUAUCUUUUUUUUAUAUAUAAUAUAAAUGAUUUUAAAAUGUUGGAUGAGAGGACAGCACUAUUAUUAUGUACCCAACGGUUGUAAUUUUGUUUUUAACCGAUUUCAAAAAAGGAGAAAGUUCUCAAUUUGUCGGAAUCUUUUUUUUUUUUUUUGUAAUUUAUAACAUUAUCUCUAUGCAACUUAAUAAAAUAAACCUAAUCUUUUUUAAUGCAAACAGGUGAUUUAGGGCCGACUAAAAUGAGGUCUAAGUAAUAAGUUUGACAGUUUUCUAAAUCAGUACCUAAUCUGUCGUAAUGUGAGAGUAAAAGUUUAUUUGGUGAUUAAAAAUCAGACCUUAAAUAUUUAUCAGCCCUGUUUGAUGCAUUAAAUAAAUAAAAAAUGCUGCCAUAUUUGGAAAUUUCUAUGUGAAUAGAUAAAACUAAUAUACCAAUUUUGUAUCUAUAAUAAUUAUUCUAUAUUUAGUUAUUCUUAUGAGCUUGGGGAUUUAAAGAAAAACAAUUUAAACAGAAUGUGAUAGAGGAAUCAAAGCUUUAUUAUUAGGAAGGUGGUUUCAAAAUUUUGUUUUCAUUCAUUUUAAUUAUCAAGCGUGUUUUUUUUGUUUAAUAAUGAUUGUUAUUAUAUUAUUAAGGAGAGUUCCCAUUUCAUUAAGCUGUGGAAAGUUAGUGACUUUGGAAGGCUGGAAUCCGGGACCGUCUAAACUCUAAAUCCUAAAUAUAUCAAUUGAAUUAUCUUAGCUGAGGUAAACGUAAACAAUUUGCAGGUAACUUCUUGCAGAAAUGCGUAAUCGACGCCCUAUGCACGCUUAAGGGUGCGUUUCCACUAAAGCGAAGUGGAGCGGAGACGUUCAAUAGAAUUAGGUUAUUCUUAGAUGACGUAAGAAUUUUAUUGCGUCAUCUCUCAAUAAUUCGAUUGAUCUGCAACAUGUCUAAAUUCCGCUCUGCUUCAGUAGAAACGCACCCUAAGGCUGAGAUCUAUAGAGCGAACUUUGCUCAGAUUCAAGACGUUAUAAUGAGACAGUGUUAUAUAGCUGACAUAAAGCUGUCUCGUUUUAAUAGUAACUCAUCGUGGUUUUAGUGAUUUUUAGUGGCACACGUAUUGCGUGUUGCUUUCGCUUAUCUUCUAAAUUUUUAUCUGUGAUUCAUUACCUUUUUUUCAGUAAGGCUGAAAAAUAGACGAAAGAGAUCCAGACUGUGGAGUUUUAAAGUUUUAAUAAGGCUGAGAUUGCUCAGACUUCAGACACUGUUAAAAGGAAACAGCGCUAUAUCGCAGACAUAACUCUGUCUCGUUUAACUGAAACUCAAGUCUGAGCAGAGUCAAAGUACGCUGCAUAAAUCUCUGUCUAAGACUUCGGCUGAUUUCAAUAAAGGCGAAUACACACGUCCGGGCUUCAGUUUUCCGUUUUACCACCCGGCUUUGUCUAAUAGGAACUCGGUCUUAGGGCUCCUUCACAUUACAUAUAAGAACUUUAUACGUACAACCAAUGAUAUGAUCAGGUCGAAAUGUUAUAGUCUGUGGGGGGCCUUAGAUUGUAAGAGCGUUUUCACACUAUCCGAUCCGAUAACCACUAGAAAUUUGCCCAAUUCGUCAGAUGCUCUCGUGUGCCUUUUCAAGAUAACUAAUUAUGCCUCACUCUCGUAUAAUAAGUAUAGGCAGAUUAUCUUUAAGAGCGUAGAAGGUACAGUACACUACUUUUAUAAGUUACGCCGAUGCAUUUGCGCAGAAAUCUUACCUAUCGGUUACCCAUGGACCUAAAAAUGCUUUUUUUGGGACCGCGUCGUUACACUUUAGUGAAGGGAAAUUAAUUAUCUAUAGGUAGGUGAAAUAAAACAAAAUAUGCAGAAAACAUUUUGUUUGAGAUUACCUACAAAAUAGGUACUAGUAUCUAUUAGUUCAAUGCUUGAUAUACUAAAGGCCCAAAAAAAUAACUUUCGUAACGCGUAGGUACUUAAUAUUUGAUGUGACUGUUAUCGUAUCGAUUAAUGUGAAAAGACCUAAUAGUUAUUAAAUUAAGUGGCCAAAUGCCUUUAUAAUAAUUAUAAGAAAGAUGUUUAUUAUAAUUAUGUAUUCAUUGUAGGUACCUACGUAAUACCUAAUUAUUAUUUCCAUAGGUAUAAUCCUUAUUAUUUAGAUAUGUAUACAGUUGUGUAUAUCUAUCAGAAGUUAUUAUUAAAUUUGUACUGUAGAUUUGUCAAAUAAAUUUUGAAAAAUGUA